AGUGUAGUGUUGUUUUUAGUUGUGCAUCCUCAUGGUUUUUGUUUGUGAGGGAUAGUGCGCGGGCAACUUUAAGAAUAGCCCCUCCUAUAGUUCAAUCAUGUCCGACCACCGUUCUUGGGGCGGACGGGAAGAGGGUAUGUGGUGGCCGGGAUCUGUCGCUGCCGAUCAACAAAAUUUACAACAGCAACAAUUUUUCCAACAACAGCAGCAGCAGCAACAACAACAGCAAGUAGAAGAUGAAUCUAAUACGCAAGCAUUUAACUAUAAAAUGGCAAACAAUUUUCAAAAUCCCGCUACUACUGUGUCUAACGUGACGUCUACAUCCCCCAUUGGUGCUGCCGGUAUUCGCGGCUACGAUUAUAGUAUGACAGGUGGAAAUCCCACUUUGUCUGCACCUGCACAAGGAACACAAUGGUGGUAUCCUUCGUCUACCAUGGAAAAUAUGCACAACACACUACAAAAUUUGCAGAAUAGCAUACACGGAAUGCAGCAACAAAUGCCACCUGUACAAAAUCCCUCAUCCCCGGUAAGGAGAGAUUUUAGGCCAGGCUUUAAACACAGUGAAGCUCAAAACCGACAAGACGAACAAAAUAGGCAGCACCAAGACGCCGUGCAGCGACAUCAAGAAGCCCAAAGGCAGCAAGAAGUUCAACGGCAGCAAGAAGUCCAACGGCAGCACCAAGAAGCUCAGAGGCAACAACAAGAGUCUUUCCAUCACGCGUUAAGCGAAGCGCACGCGAGGUUGCAGCUCAAUUUGCAAAAUAAUCAGCUGCACAAUAAUCACUAUCAGCAGGGUUUAGUACAGGCCUUGCAACAGCAUCAACAGAUACUUUCACAAGCUCCAAUACCUCACAAGGGAAGAAUGCCCCGUGCUAAGGCUGACGCUAGGCCCAGAGGCCGCAUGACUGCUUAUGCUUUCUUUGUACAAACAUGCAGAGAAGAGCACAAAAAAAAACAUCCCGAAGAGAACGUUGUCUUCGCUGAAUUCUCGAAGAAAUGCGCCGAAAGGUGGAAGACCAUGUUGGACAAGGAAAAGAAACGUUUCCACGAAAUGGCCGAAAACGACAAGAAACGUUACGACACUGAAAUGCAGAGCUACACUCCUCCCAAGGGAGAGAAGCAACGCGGCAAAAAGAGGAAGCAAAUAAAAGAUCCCAACGCACCCAAACGGUCUUUAUCUGCUUUCUUCUGGUUCAGCAAUGAUGAACGCGGUAAAGUUAAGGCUCAAAAUCCUGAAUAUGGUGUUGGAGACAUUGCCAAAGAAUUGGGUAGAAGGUGGGCCGAAGCCGAUCAAGAAACCAAGGGCAAAUAUGAGGCUUUGGCAGAUAAAGACAAAGCCAGAUAUGAAAAAGAAAUGACUGCAUAUAAAAAGAAGAAUAAUCCUGCCUUGCAACAAGUGGGACACCCAGUACCUGAGGAAGACGUAGAAGAUGAAGAUGAAGAGGUAGAUGAUGAUGAAGACGAGUAAACCGUGUAAGAUAACCUCUAUCGUUUUAAGUCGCCUUCUCAUUCCUCUAUUGUAAAUAUACAUGUUAGCAAGUGUAUUAAUCAAGUUCUCAUUUUUAUUUUUUACCCGAAACGACAAUGUGUGUACUUACAAAAACUGACAGUGUGUGAGUGACCGACAGAUCCGCCUUUCAUUAAUAUUUUUUUAUUUUUUUAAUCUGUCAUAUCCUCAAGGGCAUUAGCUUACAUUAUAAUAAACGGAUACUUUUUUGUAAUUUGUAAAAAGCAACUAGACCACUGACUUGUAUUUUAACAUUCAUUAACGACUGAACUUCAGACGGGUUAAUUUUGCUGUGAGCAAAUGUCCUAAAAUACAUUUCAUCCAACAAUUUCCAUUUUAUUUUUUUAACGAAAUGAUACAAGAAUGUGUGUAGUGUAUUUUUUAUGAUUCGACUUGGAAUUUUCUUCCUCGGCACUGUCGUUAUUCAAAGGAUAGUGCAAAGGGUGUUCCCGAAUGGGGCUUCGUUAUAAUUCAGUUGGUGUUAGCUCUUUCGGAGGCCCUGUAGUUGUAAACAAAAAAUUUUCGGUUGGGGUUGCAAAUUGACAUCAGUUCUGUUUGUAGUGGAUUAACGAAUUCGUUUGAUUUUUAAUACUUUUGUAGCAAAAGUUGAGACAAUAAAAUUGACACACAAUAAAUGUAUUAUUAACGGGGCUGGGCAAUGAAGUUCAGGUUUCUUUGUAAAGGAUUGAAACUUUCACUCACUUGGAUUAAUAUAACAAAAAGCGUAAACAACGUUGAUUUUGCCAUAAUUUUAAUAUAGUUAAAAAGACUACCGUUCGUUUUUUGCAGGAAUUGUUUUUCCAAGGGUGAAUUUUGACAAUCCAUUAAUAUUCGUUAAAAUAAUAAAUUCAAAUCUUUGAUCAAAGUCAUUUGCAAUUUCAAUUUUUCUUUUAUAUUUUGUAGUAUCUGUAUCCUCCAGUUAUUUAUUUAUAAAAAACUGUUCUUUUAAGUUGUAUCACUUUUAGUGUAAUGUACUCUCUUCAUUAAACAAAAAACAAAAGAAAUUGUUCCCCCUACGGUAUUUGCAGAGCAGAAUGUAUUUUUGUUUUCACUAUACCAAAGUUUUGGGAAUGAUCGCUGGAAAUGCGUUAUUUCGGCACAAUCAUUCCCAUGAUUUGUUUAUAGUAUGUUCAAAGUGGACAAUAUUUUUAAGAUGGAUAUUCUUUGUAUAGAAUUUGUUGAUUUAAAGACAGACAUGGGUUUAUGAGGGUAUAGAACAAUGGAUCAUCGAUCAUAAAACAGCUAAGGUGUGCCACGAUUAAAGUAAAUACAAUUUUUUGGCACAAGAGCAGCCACUAGUUUGUUGAGUAUGUUUAUAGUAACUUUGAUUAUCUGUUAGGAAUCUUGCUGUUGAUCGUGGCACGUUUUAUAAUUCCUUAGCUUUAUUAAUGUUUAAACAAGUGUUCAGCUAAAAAUAUGGUCCAUUUCAUUGUAGGUGAAAUUAUCUGCAGUAUUAUGACAGCCAAUACAUACCCUCUAAUAUAUUAUUUGUUACAUUUAGAAGUACAAUGAUAAACUGUGAUUUUACUAUAAAAAUGAUAUAUUAGAUGGUUUCCGUUAGUACAUACACAAUUUAUAAUUUCGCCUACUAUACUUUACGCCCCCCAAACCACUUCCAGUAACAGUUUUUUCUAUAAAAUUGUUAACUACAUUUGACACAGCUUGUGUCAAAACUGGUGUACCAUAUUUACAACAAAUAUAUUAACUACUUCUUAGUUGUACUUCAUUGUAUUUUUAAUGUUAAUAUUUAAAUUUGUGUGUUCAUUAAAUGGACUUGAGGUUUCAUCCUUGAUCAGAUUGCUCUGUGUUAUUUUAGGGAGAAGGAAAUAGAAAGCAAUGUUUGUUUUUUAUAUCUGAUAGGAAUAAUAAAAAAAUAAUAAAAUUUUCAAU